AUGGCUUCUCACACGAAGAAAGACGAUUUCUGCCUCGAAUGCCACUGGGAGGCGUUCCACCUCGAUGGAAAGGAGGUAGAAGAUGUCUCGGAGGCACAGCCAGUGCAAUGGAAUUGCUCCGAUCAGGUACAUCACACCCCGGUGCCGCCUUGCAACGGGGAUGACGACUGCAACGUCGAGGAGGACUGUUGUGAUGUCGACGACUGUUCUAUCACCUGCCCCUCCGUCUGCGACGGCUUCAUUGAAUGUGGCGAUGCUGCAGUGUGCUCUGUGUCGCAUUGCGACGAAGAUCAUUGCGAGAACACCGACCCGGUCUGCUUUGAUGAACACUGCUUCGGUACGGGCACCAACAUAGAUGGCGAACACAGUUUGGAGUCGCUAUUAGGGUUGGGAACACCUCUCAACCUCGACACAACUGACCUCGUAUCCCCGACUUCCAUGCCACAGUCGCAGGUAGAGCAGCCCAAAACCAUGACGCAGCCCACGGGCAUGGUACCCUCUGCACCGGGUGAUGCCUUCUUCAACCCUUACGCACCUGCGUCUCACUGUCACUCCCACAGUCAUCAACAUUUCCACUGCCAUGAUAUAUCCAAGGAUGCUCACCACGCAGCAAAUCCGUGGUUACCUCUGCAGAACGCAGUCAACCCGGCGGAUGUAUUCCACAUGAUGUGCCCUGACCUGUCUGCGUGCCAUCAAUUCCACGUCCACGAAGUGCAGAACUGCCCUGAGCAGGACAAACCUGCCGAUGACGCGGCCUCGAACUCGUUUACCUGCUUCCACAUCCCUCAUCAUCCUCACCACCACCAUCCUCCGAACGAAGUGAAGAGCCCAGCUCCGGCGCAGAAGCCAACCAAUAAUUGGAAGCCAUGCCGCACGCAUGUUCAUCGGUGUCGCACGCACGGACACCAUGUACAUUCCUAUUCACCUUACUCGCGCCACUCACGGUCCAGUGUGAGUUCCCAGUUGAGCCCGGGAGAGACGCCGCCCCCGCUGGAAGGGGGAACCUCAUCCGUCUUGACCAGUCCGGAAUACACUCCCGAUACCGAGAUAUACAUCUGCCGGUGGACCUCGAAAGCCGACGGGACCAAGCUGCCCUGCGGCGCCACCUUUGCUGAUGCAUGCGGUCUGCAGGAGCAUCUGGUGGCGUGCCACAUGGCGACCGUAGAUGGCGCCAAGGGCACGGGAUAUUACUGUUGCUGGGAGGGGUGUCACCGGCCGGAUGAGCCGUUUUCGCAAAAGUCGAAGCUGCAGGGGCAUUUCCUGACUCAUAGUAAUUAUAAAAACUUCAAAUGCUCUGUCUGCGGAAAGAUGUUUGCACGACAGGCAACAUUGGAGCGGCACGAGCGGAGCCACCGAGGCGAGAAGCCGUACAAGUGUACCGAGUGUGGAAAGUCGUUUACCGACAGCAGCGAGCUGAAAACGCAUUCGCGGACGCACACGGGCGAGAAGCCAUUCAAAUGCACGUACCCGGGGUGUAACUUUCAGACUGGUGAUUCGUCCAAUAUGUCCAGCCAUCGAUUGACACACGGCGAGCGUCGACACAAGUGCCACCACGCCGGAUGCACCAAGAGCUUCACGCGACACGACCAACUCAAACGACACUUAAGAACUACGCACAAAGAAGAUAUCUCACUGGGUACUCCGAUGCCGAAUGACUUCGGACUUGCCUUUGCCGAAGUGGCGUGA